AAUUCUCAACAACUUUGCCAAUAGUAAUUUUUCCCAAUCAUUUUUGAUCAACCAUUUUCAGAGCUAAAAUAACAAUCGGAACAAGUAAUAAUUAGAAAAGAAGAAUACAAUUGUAAUGGCUUCGAUUUUUAAUUUUUUCAAGAGUGGAGGUGCCUAUUCGAAGAGUAAUACUGGAGCAACAUCAAGUAGUACUAGUUCUACUAGUGGUGGUAGUUCAAGUAGUAGUAGUAGUGGUGGUGAUGCUAGCAGUGGUACAUCUUCAAAUGAAACACCUUUGAGCAGUCCUUCUCCGAAUGAUAAGAGUGCUGUAAUAGUUGAGACAAACAAGGAAGUAAUUGUUGAUCAGAGCUCUACUUCAAAGGAAAAAUCAACAUCUAGUCAAAUUGUGGAUGGAAAGAAUUUAAUACUGUCAAUUCAACCUGAUAGUAGACCUGUGUUUAAUGAAGCUGAUCUCACAGAUUUGAUAAAAUUGAAAGAACACUUACAGUACAAACCAAGUGUUUUGAAUUUGAUUGCUGUCUAUCAGGCAGAAAUUCAAAAACACGUAGAGUAUGGUGUUAAAAAACCAAAUAAGAAGGUACUCAAUUAUCAAAUUGAACCAGCUCCUACAAACACAAAAUAUGUCUACUUGACAUCAUCUGGUUUACCAGGAGUUUAUUGUACUAAUAAUGAUAUGCUAGAUUAUAGUCACUAUCAAGCUCUUAAGGAAGGAAAAAGUGUCACACAUUCAUUCGAUUCUCAAGAUUUGCCAAAAAUUGAAGAAACUUUAAAGAACCAAACUCAAAUUUCAUCAAAUUCUUCAAUUACAAACAAGAGGAAGGAAUUGGAACAAUUAGAGAAACAAUACACCCUAUUGAUGCGCGAAAAGGAAAAAUUAUUGAUCGAUAGAGCUGCAGUACUUUCCCCUGAAGAAUUGGCAAUCAUUGAAGAGGAAGAAGGCAAAAAUAGAAUCAGUAAUCAAGACGAUGAUCAGUGGGAAAUUGAAAGAAAGAAGAGAAUUAUUGAAAAUGAAAGAAAAUUGAUCGAAAAAAGGUUAGCAGACGCUAAAAAGCACAGAAAUGUUCGUUUCUAUUGUAAGGGAGAAUUGGAAUACCUCACUAAAUGGAAUGACCACUUUGUGAAGACUAACAGUGAAACAGCACCAAAGGGAUUGGAUGAUAUGCUGAGAUACAAGCUAAAUCCAACAAAUUGUUUUGAUUUAGGUGCUGAGGAAAUUCACUAUAGAUUUUGUGAAUCCCAAUUCCACAGAUUAGCAGCCAAUCCACUGUAUGGAUCAUCCUAUCCAACUGCAAAACUUAUUAAUGUUGAAUAUGUUGUGAAUCCAGUCAUUAUGAGAAGAUUUAACGCAUGCAAACAAGAAUUAGCUAAAAAACAUGGCUUUAUGCUCGAAAGUAUGAAACCAUUGCUCUUAUUCCAUGGUACCUCUGAUACCAAUAUGGAGAAUAUCUUAAGGACCAACUUUUUACUGAACAAGAUAGGCUCAACAACUGAUAUGGGUUGGUAUGGAAAAGGUUUUUACUUUAGUGAAUAUCCAGGAUUAUCUAUGGGUUAUGCCAGAAAUCAAUAUUUGUUAAUUUGUAUGGUUUUGAUUGGUAAGGCCUUCCACAUGAAUCAAGUAGAAACUGGUAGAGCUAUUGAACCUGGUUAUGAUUCACACGUAUCUCCUGAUGGUUGCAGUGAGGUCAUUAUUUUCAACCCAGAUCAAAUCAUUCCUCUCUACAAGAUUCAAUGGGUGCAACAAUAACAUUAUUGUAAAAAUCAGAAAGGGAGGUCAUCAAUACGAUGGUGCCAUGAAUCUGGAUCGUACUUUAGACUAUCCCUAAUUUCAUAAUUGUACAUAUUUGGAAGAUGCUCCAAUAAAGCAAAUCGACUUAUUUAUUAAUAUUU